AUGAGGUGGCAAUCGAGACGGAGAGAGAGAAUGUUGACGCAAUUCGGGGCGACGGCCGAGUCGUUGAGCAAGGCGUCCACUAUGGUGUUCCGUAUCGGCACGGACGCGCAUCUUUACGACGAUCCCGAUGACGUAAGCAUCGCGCCUCUCCUCGACAGCAAGUUCGACUCCGAGAAAUGCGAGGCCCUCAAGCGCCUACUCGCCCUCAUUGCUCAGGGUCUCGACGUCUCCAGUUACUUCCCUCAGGUUGUGAAAAAUGUGGCAUCACAGUCGCUGGAAGUUAAGAAGCUGGUGUACUUGUACUUGCUGCAUUAUGCUGAAAAGCGGCCAAACGAGGCGUUGCUGUCCAUAAAUUGUUUCCAAAAGGACUUAGGGGAUCCGAACCCUUUGGUGAGGGCAUGGGCACUUCGUACCAUGGCAGGGAUUCGCCUGCAUGUUAUUGCACAGCUCGUUUUGGUUGCUGUGGGAAAAUGUGCCAGAGAUCCAUCAGUAUAUGUCCGGAAAUGUGCUGCGACUGCAUUGCCCAAGCUACAUGAUUUGCGCCUGGAGGAACACACUGCUGCAAUUGAAGAGAUUGUUGGAAUGUUGUUGAAGGACAACUCUCCUGGAGUAGUUGGUGCUGCUGCAGCUGCUUUUUCUUCCAUAUGUCCGAAUAAUUUUUCUCUGAUUGGAAGAAAUUACAAAAGAUUGUGUGAGACUCUUCCGGAUGUGGAAGAAUGGGGUCAGAUUGUCUUGAUUGGGAUUCUGUUACGGUAUGCAAUUGCGAAACAUGGACUGGUUAGAGAAUCCUUAAUGAUGUCUUCCAAUACAUUGAGGAUGGAUAACUCUAAGGAGGAGUCAGAACCGAAUAUUACUAUGAGGAACUCCAUUGAUGGUACCGACAUUGAGAUAUGUCCUGAGAUUAUAGAUGUAGUCUCUAGGAGCUACCUUGAAGGACCAGACAAAUAUUUAUCUCAAAUGGGUCAUGUAACUCGAGAAUCUGUUGGAUUGAAUGGUUCAUUUGUUGCAUCAGCCAACAACGAUGAUGUGAAGAUAUUAUUGCAAUGUACAUUACCUUUAUUAUGGAGUUCUAACAGUGCUGUAGUGCUGGCUGCUGCUGGCGUUCACUGGAUCAUGGCGCCAAAAGAGGAUCUUAAAAAGAUAGUGAAGCCCUUGCUCUUUUUGCUGAGGUCAUCCAGCUCUUCAAAAUAUGUGGUCCUUUGCAACAUUCAGGUGUUCGCCAAAGCAGUACCAUCUUUAUUUUCCCCUUGUUUUGAAGAUUUCUUUAUCAGCUCUUCGGACUCAUAUCGAAUGAAAUCUCUGAAGCUUGAAAUACUUUCCUCUAUAGCCACAUCCUCGUCAAUGUCUUCAAUUUUUCUGGAGUUUCAGUGGCAGCUUCUUAGGAUGCAGUCUUCACCAAUAAUUUUCGAUUACUUAUUGGAGAUAACCAUGAAGAACAAAAUGAACGCAGAAGAAAGGGAAGAAAAGGAUUAUAUUAGAGAUCCAGACAGAAAGUUUGCCGCUGAUACUGUUGCUGCAAUCGGUUUAUGUGCACAAAGAUUACCUGACGUUUCCAAAACAUGUAUGGAAGGGCUAUUGUUUCUGGCUCUUUCUGAACCUUUGAAUAAAGAUGCUGCAUCUUUUGGCGAAGAAGAAAUUGUAUUAGUUCAAGUUAUUAGGUGUCUAAUGGCAAUCAUAAAACAAGACCCCCCCAGUCAUGAGAAAGUUAUUGUUCAUUUGGUUCGAAGCUUGGAUUCAAUGUGUGCACCCGCAGCACGCGCGAUGAUUGUAUGGAUGAUGGGUGAAUACUGCAACAUUGGGAGCCUCAUGUCAAAGAUGAUACCCACAGUAUUGAAGUAUCUGGCUCAACGCUUUUCUUUAGAGGCGGUUGAUACAAAGCUGCAGAUAAUUAAUUCUUGUGUCAAGAUCCUAUUACAUGCCAAUGUAGAGGAUAUUUCUGACCUACGAAUAACUGUCCGGUAUGUGCUUGAACUAGCCAACUGUGACUCAAAAUAUGAUGUUCGUGAUCGUGCUCAUGUUCUGAAGAAUUUGCUAUCACAUUGUGCUGGAUUGCAUGAUUCUGAAGUAAACGACACAACAGAAUUCAAAGACCUGACAUAUGUACUUGCUCAGUACAUAUUUGGGGGACAAAUAAAAGUGCCAUCUGAACCUUUCAGUUACAGAUUUUAUCUUCCGGGGUCUCUCUCACAGGUAGUACUUCAUGCAGCUCCUGGAUAUGAACCUCUCCCAGAACCUUGUAGUAGUGUUGAUGAUGGAAAUGGCCAUUCCCCAAGUCGUACAGAGGGACGUAGAACUUUUGAUAGUGAUCCAAGUAACAUUAGUGAUUCUGAAUCAGUGUCUGGAUCUCUGGAUGAAGAAAACACUUCUGACUACAGUCCUCAAGGUUCUGCUUCCGGUUCAAGUAAUGGUGACAGCAGCUAUGAUCGUGCAUCUGAUAGCGAUGAAAUUGAAGAAGAUGGUGCAUUAAUUCAUCUUUCAGAUGGCGCUCCUGCAUCUAGUAAUAAUAACGAAGGCUUGGUAGAGAAUAAUUCCUCUAGCUUGAUGGAUUUGGGGGAAUUAAUGCCAAAAAGAUCUUUCGAGUCAUGGUUGAAUGAAAGUCCUGGUUCACGCCAGAAUCCAUCCGCUGUAGAUCAGGUCGACAUAUCAUUGGCUAGAAUCUCAAUUAAGGACAUCGGUCAUCUGGUUAAACCCAAGUCAUAUACACUUGUAGAUCCUUCAAAUGGAAAUGGGUUAAGUGUGGAUUAUACAUUUUCAACAGAGGUGUCAAGCUCAUCUCCUCAACUGGUAUGCUUACAAGUUUCCUUUAGGAAUUGUUCUGCGGAGCCUAUGUCAAAUAUAUUGCUGUCUGAAGAGGAACCUAAUCAAGCUUCUGAUUCUUCGGACAAAUCUGUGGUAUCAAGUGAAAGCAUUUCAGUCUCUCAUGCUGCAGUGCCAGCUCUGGUACCCAUGGAUGAGAUAGGGAGUCUGGGUCCUGGUCAGACAAUGAACAGAAAACUCCAGGUUCACUUUGAGCAUCAUCUGUUGCCUUUAAAGCUGGUUUUAUGGUGUAACGGCAGAAAGCAAGCUGUUAAGUUACGACCAGACAUUGGUUACUUUAUCAAACCUAUUCCAAUGAAUAUUGAAAUAUUUACAAAGAAGGAGUCUCAACUUCGAGGAAUGUUUGAGUAUACGAGAAGCUGCACCUUUACCGAUCACAUUAGCCAGCUGAAUGUGAAAGAGGACAGCUCAAGGACAAAAGAUAAUUUUCUAAUUAUAUGUGAGAAAUUGGCGUUGAAAAUGCUCAGCAAUGCAAAUUUUUUUCUCGUAUCCAUGGAGUUGCCUGUUUCUGCUAACCUCAAUGACGUAUCUGGUUUAUGCUUGCGGUUCAGUGCUGAGAUCUUGAGUAACUCUAUUCCUUGUCUUGUCACACUUACUCUUAAAGGUACUUGCAAUCAACCACUUGAGGUGUCGGUAAAAAUGAACUGUGAAGAAACUGUAUUUGGUUUAAAUCUGUUAAAUAGGAUUGUGGUAUUCUUAGCUGAACCAAUCCCUUGAUGAUACAAUUUUGAGAAAAAAUUGAAGGGUUGUAUCUUGUAACUCUCAAAUUUUCUUUUCUUUUUUUCUUUUUU